AUCAGACAUCAUCGAGAGAGACCCUGAGAUCCCAUUACUUUGUUCUGUAUAAUUCGCUUCUGGUCCCUGGAGAUCUGAUCCUUUCCCAUCGAUUCCGUCCUUACGAAACGAUGAUCGAUGACCAAGACUUGGGGUUUAUAGUCAACUCCCUUGGCAUCUUCAUCUUCGGGUUGGUAAUUGCUUAUCAUUACGUAGCUGCUGAUCCCAAGUUCGAAUCCAUUUGAGUGAUGAUGUACUUUUAGAUGAUGUAAUGCGUCUUUUUUUUUUUAACUUCAUAAUAACUGUAUUUUGCUAAGAUGAAUAUGUUGUCAAGAUGCUCGUAAGCCCGUUUCACAUCUUCA